AUGAAUCGAGAAGGUGAAUUGGAGAGCGGCACAGCUCGUUCAAGCGAGGAUGGCGGUUUUAGAACACCAGCUUCAACUCUUCAAAAUAUGAACGAAAAGCCUAUCGAAGAAUCUCCAUCAAAAGAAGAUCCAAAACGUGUGGAAUUCAAAGAAAAUGAUCCGGGAAAUCCAUUGUUGUGGCCUUCAUGGAAAAAAUGGAUGAUUAUCAUUGUCAUUUCUACAACGAGUACUAUGGUCACUUGUACAUCUUCUGUCGUUUCAACAGCAUACCAAGGUAUCGAAAGAGAUUUGGGCAUCAGUCAUGAAGUUGCAAUUUUGGGUUUAUCUUUGUUUGUGCUCGGAUUGGGAUUUGGUCCGAUCUUCUUAGGACCAUUUUCGGAAUUCUACGGUAGAAGGCCUGUAUACCUAAUCAGUUUAACGGUUUACUUCUUAUUCGGUUUCCCGGUCGCAUUUGCAAAUAAUGCACCCGUCUUUCUCAUCUUUCGAUUUUUGACCGGUUGCGUAGGAAGUGCAUUCUUGACCGUUGCAGGAGGUUCAAUUUCGGAUUUAUACGCACCACAAGAUUCUUUCUUUCCAAUGGCAAUCUUUACCUCAAGUCCACCUCUUGGACCGGUGAUCGGGCCUGUAUUCUCGGGUUUCAUCGUUCAAUAUACCACUUGGCGUUGGUCUUUUCGUGUGAUUAUCAUUUGGUCUUUCGUUCAAUUGAUGUUUGUCAUUGCUCUUGCACCGGAAACUUAUGCACCUCAUCUCUUGAUCGAUAGAGCACGCAAGAUACGCAAAGAGACCGGCGAUGAUUCAUACUAUACACAACAUGAACGUGAAUUGGCAGAAAAGAGUUUAACAAAAACAGUGGCAAUCAGUAGUUCAAGAGUUUUCCUCUUACUUGCACUUGAACCAAUGUUGUUCUUGUUGUGCUUGUGGUGUGCAAUCUUGUUGGGAAUUCUUUAUUUAUUCUUUGAACUUUUCCCAAUCGUAUUUGCCAAGCACAACUUCAACGAUUUUGAAAACGGUUUAAGCUUUUUGGGUUUGGGUGUUGGAGUUGUUUCGGGAGUUAUUUUGAUGAAAUUUUGGUAUGCAGCACGAUACAAAAAAUUGGUUGAAAAACUUGGUGAAAAGCCAGCACCGGAAACAAGAUUAUCACCAGCCAAAUUAGGAGCAUUUUUAUGUCCGAUCAGUUUGUUCAUCUUCGCAUUUACAUCUUAUCGAAACGUUCAUUGGAUAGGUCCGAUCAUUGGUUCAAUUCCAUUCGGAACUGGUUUCUUACUCAUUUAUUGUUCCGUGUUUACGUUUAUUACCGAUAAUUGGAAACAAUAUGCUGCUUCUGGAAUGGGAGCUCAUUCAUUCUUACGUUCAAUCUUUGCUGGAGCUUUCCCAUUGUUCGCAGUUCAAAUGGCAAACAGAUUAUCAACUACCGGUGCUGCUGCGCUUUUGGCAGGAUUGAAUGUCCUCGUCGUUCCUUUGCCUUUUGUCUUUGCAAGGUAUGGACCUCGUCUUCGGGCAAAGAGCAAGUAUUCGCAAGGUUAA